ACAAGCGUUAGUGGCGAUUUCUCCAUUACCGAGCUAAGGACGUUGUUUACCUUUGUUUCUUCCUGCAUAAAUCCUGCAUUAUUCGUUUACUUACUGGUAAAUUACUCAGUUAAAAAUGCUUAUUGAAAAUGCUCGUCAGAUGCAUAUAAUAGUUAGCGAUUUUCAACCCCAAAGCCAGAAUGCGCUUAAUCAAAAAUUACAGACAAUGGUACAUGGAUUACAGGAGGUGGAUAAGUUGAAAUCCCAAUUUCAAGAUGUGCAAGUUCCACCAGAGGUAUUAGAUUAUAUUGACCAGGGUCGUAAUCCCAAACUGUAUACCAAGAAUUGUAUUGAAAAAGCUUUGGCCAAAAAUGAACAAGUUAAAGGAAAAAUCGAUGCUUACCAAAAAUUAAAAAAAAGCUUGAUAGUGGAAUUGGAGAAAAUUUUUCCUAACGAGAUCAGUAAAUAUAAAGCCUUAAGAUAUCCAAAUGAAACUAGACACAUGUUUGAUGUUGAAUUGAACGAAGAAAGUCAAAUCGAAGAUCAUACAUUGUCGGAUAUGGCAAAGUUAGAAAAAGAUGCCAGUGAUGAGACACCCAUCUUCAAAAUCGAAGAUAAUUUAGAGAACGAUGAAAAUAUGCGAAUACUGAACACAAAUGCUACAGAAGAAUCAGAAGGCUUCAAAUGUAACGGAUGUGCAGAAACGUUUGUUUUAAUACGUGAUUUUAAUGCUCAUGUUAUCAAACAUUUGGACAUUAAAUCUCUUGAAAACAUGAUUUGCGGAUUAAACCGUAAGGCAAAUGUAUCGUUAAAUACUCAAGAAAUCCAGUAUCAAUGUAAAAUUUGCCAUAAAGCGUUUUCGUGUUCCUCGGGUUUAUCGGAACAUGUGAAAACUCAUUCAGACGACCGCCCUCACGAAUGCAGCGUUUGCAACUUGAGAUUCGAAUGCAUACGUGAUCUCCAUCAACAUCAAAAAGAGCAUUUUAAAAGGAAAACAAAGAAACAACAAUACUCGUGCAAUUAUUGCAACCAAACGUAUUCAAAAAAAGGAAAUCUAAAAAGCCAUAUGACGUCUCAUGCGGCCAAUCCACCCUUUGAAUGCACAAUUUGCAAUGCUUCUUUCAAUAGAAAGAGCGCUUUAAACACUCAUCGUCGAUUUGUCCAUCAUGCGACAAUCGGCAUGGGAGGGUGACGAUUAAAAACUGAAACUAAAUAAAGACAUCUUUUAAAAACCUCUUGAUUUAUAGAAUAAAGAUUGAACGUGAGUUUCACAGUCAGCUUCAAGAGGGAAUUUAUCGGUUGGCAUAAUGUGUUGACGAAAUGGAUAUAUCUAAAAUGCUUUAUUAUUUUCCGGUUUUUUGUUGUUGGUUUUAAUUAUUUUUAGGACGUUUUCACACUUGCCUCAAUUGAAUGCAAUUAGUCGAUUAUUUAGUUUAAGUCUUGCUGACGAAAUUUCAAAUUAAAAUGUUGAAAAUAUAUGAUAACUGGAAAUAUAUCCCUUACUUUAUGAUA